GGAACGGCUAAACUCACCGCAGUCGGGGUUGUGCAGCUGAGCGCGGUCUCUGGUCGAUUACUCGGUGUCUUCUACCUCCUGAUGCUUUUAGUUAAUUCCGUACAUUUUCAUAUUUCCCGAGAAAGAUUCUUCAAAGAGUGAAUCCAGCUGGAAUGAAUUUAUCGAUAUCUUCGAAUGACACUAAAAUACCUGCCCCUGCUGGGCUCAGCACCUCCCAUAUUGUUGGCAUUUUUAUCCUCGUCUCUGCCUUUGUACUGGGCUUUCCUGGCAACUUGUUUGUGGCAUGGACUAUCAUUUUCCGCAUCUCUAAACGAUCCAUCACCUGUCUCCUGGUCCUGAACCUUGCUUUAGCUGAUGCCUUUGUACUUCUCACUGCUCCCCUUUUCCUACGAUAUUUAGCAGGUGGCCAAGGCUGGGAAUUUGGAAAUACUGUAUGCAAAAUCACACAUUACGUGUGUUGUGUCAAUAUGUAUGCCUCUAUCUUUCUCAUUUGCGUUAUGAGCCUAGAUCGCUACGUGGCAGUGUUCUGGCCUUUUGCGUCACACCAUUUAAGGACAAGGAAAUCCCUGGUGAAGAUACUACUUGUAUUGUGGGUACUGGCAUUGCUUUUUUCCAUUCCAAUGCCGUUUUACCGCAGAGAAUUGACAUUGCCAAACAUUAAAGUGAAACUGUGCCAUUUCAGCCACGAAAAUGAUAGACAUGAAGUGUUUCAGUAUUUGAUGGAAUCCCUCACUGGUUUUAUAAUUCCUUUCAGUAUAAUUAUUUUCUGUUACAUCAAUGUGUUCAGUAGACUGCGGAGAGCCAUGUUUCAGAACAAAAACCAAAGCAGUCGCAUCAUUCUGCUGAUCAUUGCAGCCUUUGUGGUGUUUUGGAUGCCCUACCACAUUGUCAAUAUAAUCCAGGUUGCUGGAAGGCUGAGCCAAGGUCAAAUGAAGGAACAACUUCUUAAGGCUGCACGCACUGCUCGGCCAAAUGUGACGGCAUUUGCCUUCUUUAGCAGCAGUGUCAAUCCAAUGCUUUAUGUGUUCGCUGGAAGCUCCUAUAUCCGGAGUGCAGGUCUCAACUUCAUGACCAAAUUGUUUGAAGGCACAUACUCAGAAAGCAGUGGAUCCAGGCGUUUCUCCAGGUCUACCCGGUCUACCCGCAGUGGCUCAACUGAUGUUUCUUUUAGUAGAAAGCUUUCUGUGUUCCCAGUCAAGUUUGGAAAGCAAGAUGAAUAUCAAGAUAACAUCAGUACAAAAGAUGAUGGUGUGCCAAAUGAGAAGAUCGUUGAACUGAAGACGCUCUGCACCUACGACAGUAAAGAUAUCGAAGAGAGUACUCGUUUUGAUGGUGAAUGUUUUUAGAACAUCAUGGGUAUUUAAGCAAAAUCUGAAGAUCUUGGCUAAAGAAGAGGCCAACUGGAUGUGUAUAAGGAAAGACAGAGCAAAUAAGUUUUAUUUAUCAAAUCUCGCUUGUGAAUUAGCAGAUGACAAAGCACUGGAAGAAAAGCAGCAAAUAUUUAAAUAAUGAAAUGUAUGUAAAAAUUCUGGCUGUUAUUACUUGUAUAUGUUUAAUUUUUAAUUUUUUUUUGUUGUUUUGGCUGUGUCAUAUGAAAACAAAUCUGAUUAUGCAACUUAGGUGAUUAGGGAAUUCUCUCAUCACAGUCUCUUAUCACAAUAAUAUCCAAAGAGGCCAUCAUAUACAAUAUAAGGCAGUUUUUUAAUCGCAAAGGAGGGUUAAAACAAGGAGUACUGUAAUAUAUUAAAACAACAGGAAACAGAAAGCAAACCCAGGCCCACCAGAAUGGCUACCAGUCUCUAACAGAUGGCAUGGCUCCUCCAUUCACAAGCUUUAUUUGACCAUGUCUUUUUCUCUGCCUUUUUCUUAAUCCUUAAUUUUCUCCUCUGUGCUAUACAGUAUAUCAGACUGGUUUAUCCCAUCUCCUGAGUUUUCUUAUGAUGUCAGCGGCGACAUCAUUCUUAAACCAAAGACAUUAUGGUUGAGCUCCUUCCAGCAGGCUCUGGAGUCCCAUCCAUUGUACUUAAAGGGUCAGAUCUUGAGGGCAGAUCUUUUUACUGUGGAUGGCAUGGUCUCAUACAUCUCCUUACUGGACUGUGUGUACAUGCAAUGGCCUGAGGGAGGAUUAUAUACUUGCACCCAAGGUUGCACUUCUAUCAACUAUGGCUCUUCUGGGUUAAGUAGUACAUCCACAAUGCAUAUUGCCUCCUGGGGGUUGUCAUUUCUUUUUGCUUCAGGGCGUCAUACGUUGUUCCAGCCAGUGCACAUAUCCUUCCUUAUGAGGGACUGCUGCAGAACCACAUCCCUGUAAGACAUCAGCUUUGGAGCCUUCAAUUCCCUGUUCACAACACCUCUUCAGAAUUAUUAUGAAAUUAGACAAUGUAAUAAUACUCCGACAUGAUGCACAAGUAGCGGCCAUUUCAGAGAUACUCGCAAGCUGCUGACCCAGAGGUUCCUAUCUUCUAAUAUCUGAUCAGUAAGGAUGAUUUUUUAACAGCGUAUAAUGAGAGGAAAUGGGAGCAAACAAGGGAAAGACUACAAAUAACCAGACAACCUCACUUUUAAUAAAUGUACAUGUUUUAUUUACAGUUGUUAAAAAGAACAAUGAUUUGUAGGUAACAAAAUUGUGAGUAUUUGAUACACAAAAAGCUAAAUACAGACAGUGUGAGGAAAGGCAACAGACAUUUAAAAAAUAAGAAAGAAAUAUUUACAAUAUUACACUAUUUACAGUGAAAACCAUAUACUCUAUUACCAAAAUGUCCUCUCCCAAAUAUUAUGCUACAGCUGGCAGUAUUUUAAUUGUAUUAUAAUAUUCAGAUUGCUGUUGAUGCCUGCAAUGUGAAGUCGCUAGAAGACUAUGUACAGUAUAUUAUGAAUACAUGUUUUAUAAUUUUGUUUUUUUAAUAAACAUUUUAGCACCCUUUUAACUUUAA